AUGGGAGAUGGAGGAGUCGCGUGCGCCGUCCCGCCUCAGCGUGCAGUGGAGGGCUUCCGUGCCGACGCCCUCGUGAGGGGAGAAGCGAUGCCAAACAAGGGGGAGAAAGCAGCGCACGGCCACCACCAUCACCACCACCACCACCACCACCGCAAGCACUACUCGGCUUCAGCUGCCGACCUCGAGGAAGGGGAGCUGCUGCUCAAUGGAGAGGCAGACAACACACGGGACUUGGACAGGACCAUACCUCCCAAGAAAUGGCGCAAGUUGCUGCCUUCCUCGCCAGCUGCAGAGUUGGAGCCGGGGGAGAUUGUAAGCAUGCCAUCAGAGCCAACAAGGAAGAUAAGGAGGAACGUGGAGCUUGACAAGACUGAGUUUGUGCCUGUGACGCAGAGGAAAGGUAAGUCUGACAAGAUCGGGAGAAAGUCUAAUAAAGAUGUGGUGGAGCCAGCGGAGGUUACUCCACUGGGAAAAAAACGGGACCGGGAUCAUAGCGGCAAGACAUGUUUGUCAGCUCACAUCCGCGAGGAUGGGAAGAAAGGCACUUCACAGGAGCCUGGUGAGAUUAAGCCAGAGAGCAGCAGCACUGGCAGUGCUAGGAAGAGCCAGGCAGUAGAGCCCGAGAGCAACCACCGCAAACACCAAGCUGAGACAUUCACUCAAUCAGGGUCAAAAAGUCGAAGGAAGGGAGAGCCAAAGACUUCUUCUGGUGGGAAGCAUUUGUCUGGAAGAAAUCAUGAUAUCUUGCCACAAAUACGAGAUCGGCAUGAUCGGCUUGAGAGGAGCCCAGGCAUCUUGGGACGCUUUCCUCAUGACCGCAUUCGCCAUGAGAGGAGCCCAGGCCGCAUGGAGCGCUCCCCACGAGACCGGGACCGUGGUCGUCACUGUGAUAACAGAGACCGCAGCCCGUACAUUUCACCACGACACAGAGCACGCCAGGCCCAUCACAGGGAUAACACACCGAGCCGCAUUGAUAAUUCCCCUCGUGGGAGGACUCAGCACGAGGACAUCAGAGACCGAACUGCGCUCUCUCAUGAUAAAUCACCAUCUGAACGUGGUCGAACAACUGACAUCCAUGAAGCAAGUAAGAAGAGCAGGGGUGCUAAGCUUGAAAGCAACAACCUAGAAAAUGUGCCGCACAAAAACAAGUCAAUGAAGCAACCAACUAAGAGUAAUAGUGGUAGCAACAUAAAGAGUGAGGAGAGGAUCUCCAAGGGGAAGGCAUCCGAGGGCGUUCAAUGCACUGAGUUGCUGCCACCACCUCCGUUGCCACCACCGCCGCCGCCUCCGCCUCCACCUCCGCCUUUACCACCUAAUAUGCCUCCUCCCCUGCCCCCGCCACCAGUACCUGAGCAGCUGAAUGAUCUCGCUGAAGAUGCCUCAAUGGAAGAAGACAUGGAUAUCUGUGACACCCCACCUCACACCAGUGAAGCACCUGAACUCAGUACUGAGCCCACUAUUAUCAUGGGAAAGUGGUUUUACCUUGACCAAUUUGGUGUUGAGCAAGGACCUACCAAGCUUGCUGACUUGAAGAAACUGGUAGAAGACGGAUAUCUUCUUUCUGAUCAUCUAAUAAAGCAUGCUGACAGCAAUAGAUGGGUGACUGUUGAGAAUGCAGCUUCACCAUUGGUUCCAUCUGAUAUUCCCUUGGUGUAUGCGGACCUUUCUUCACAGAAGGUUAGCCCUCCAGAAGCCCCAGGAAAUCUGCUCGACGAAGCUCGAGAAGGAGCAGCUUUGUUGGCAUGGAGUGCUGAGGAUGAAGAGGAAGCUUCUGAAGAACAGAAGGAAGAUCUCUACAUUGAUAAUAGGGUCGAGGCACUAAUGUAUGGAGCUACUAUGGUGGAUGGACAUGAGCUUGAUAUUCUUGGAGAGGUUUUGGAUGCACAUUUUGAGCCUGUUGAUUGGGAAAGGUGUAGUUACCCUGAAGAUUUUCCUAGGUUCCAAGGCCAACCUGCAAGAGAUGAUGGGAUCAACAGAAGCAUUGGAUUCGUCAGUGGUGUUGGUCCUGUUGGGAGGGAAAAGUUUUAUCAUAAUGUUGAAUGUAGCGAGUGGUUUUCUGGUAGAUGGUCUUGCAAAGGUGGUGACUGGAAGAGGAACGAUGAAUUCAACCAAGAUAAGCCUUACAGGAAAAAGCUUGUCCUGAAUGAAGGCUAUGCUCUUUGUCAGAUGCUGAAGGGCAAUCAUGAGGAUCCCCGCUGGCACUGCAAGGAAGACCUCUACUACCAUGUACCUGCUAAAAAGCUUGAUCUGCCGUUGUGGGCAUUCUCAUCGACAGAAGAGGACACUGACAGUGUUGAUGAUGCCAGUGCUAUUAUACCUGGAAGGUUAUGCCAGAAUCAGAUUAGACAACUUCCAAAGGGAGUGAAAGGGAUGACGCUUCCAGUUGUUAAGAUAAAUGCUCGGGUUGUCAAGGAUCAGUCCUCUGUCGAACCAUGCAUAAAGUCCAGAGCAGCUGAGCGGUCACUUUCUAGAUCUUCACGCUCCCACUCAACUGGAACUGAUAGGAAUUCUGUUCAUGAAGGUUUGUCUCAUUUCAAGAAACAUCAUGAACAUGAUUUACAAAGUCUGCAGAAGUCCAAGUCUGUUCCAAACAUCCCAGAGGACCAUGUUUGCACUGUUGAAGAAUUGUCAGUCAAACUGGGUGACUGGUACUACAUGAAUGGAACUGGACAUGAGCAUGGCCCAUUUUCUUACUCUGAGUUGCAAAAGUUAGUUAAAAAGGGCACUAUUAUUGAACAGAGCAGUGUGUUCAGAAAGAUUGAUAACACAUGGCUUCCAGUUGUUAAGGAUAUGAAAUCUGAGUCUGCUGCUCGCGAUGGAGGGCCAGGAAGUUCAGAUUCUACUUCUGCUCUUGUGGAGCAGUCCAACACUGUUGUGAACCAUGGAGCUGGUAGGUUCCAUGAGUUGCACCCCCAGUUUGUGGGUUAUACACGUGGUAAGCUGCAUGAACUAGUCAUGAAGUAUUUCAAGAGCAGGGAGCUUACUUUAGCCAUAAACGAGGUCUUGGAUCCAUGGAUCGCAGCAAAGCAGCCCAAAAAGGAAAUAGAAAUGAACUUUCUUAACAAUUCAGCUUCAAGGAAAAUCCUGCCAGAAGAUGCUGGGUCUGUAAAAAGGGCAAGGCUGCUACCUAAUCAAAGUGACGAAGAUAUCAAUAUGUAUGAGGACAUCCUUGCCAGUCAGAAUGAUGACUGCUCUUUUGAAGACUUAUGUCAUGAUGCUGCUCUUGUUGAAGAGAACUCUACUAAUUCCGUAGCUGGAAGUGACAGCUGGGGUUUACUGAAUGUGCAUGUGUUAGCAAGAAUCUUCCAUUUUCUGAGGGCGGACAUGAAAUCACUGAUUUCUUCUGCAGCUACCUGUAAGCUCUGGAACACUGGUGUUCAGUACUACAGGAACACAUGUAGAUUCGUUGAUUUUUCUUCUGUUGGCCUUCAGUGCACUGAUUCUGUGUUUCAUGGUGUUAUGGCUGGUUAUGAGAAGCAAAAUAUAAGAACACUGAUUUUAGUUGGGUGUUCAAAUCUGAGCUCUCUUGCCCUUGGGGAAGUGCUAGUGCAGUUUCCGAACAUAUGUUAUGUGCACAUUCAGGGUUGCAGUCAGCUAUGGGAUAUGAAAAGCAGAUUUCACCAUAUUAAAUGGAUUAAGAGCUCUUUGAAUCCUGAGGAGUCACUCCAGAAAAUUAAAAGCCUGAAGCAGAUAGAUGAUGGAAAUGAUUAUGCAUCCAAAGUUGCAAGGAACUUGACCAGUCAGCUGGGUGGUUCUGAUGAACUUGACGGCUAUUUUGCUGAUAUCUCAAAUAGAGAGAAUGCCAAUCUUUCCUUUGGGCAAGGUUUCUAUAAACGAUCAAAAUGGCUUGAUGCUAGAAAGUCCUCUGCUGUUUUGUCGAAGGAUGCACAACUAAGGCGUUUGAUGCAGAGGAAGGCCGAGAAUAGCUACCGGAAGAUGGAAGAGUUUGUCAUCAAUAGAUUGAGAGAAAUCAUGAAGAGCAGCAGAUUUGAUUUCUUCAUUCCAAAGAUUGCAAAAAUUGAAGGUAGGUUGAAAAGUGGAUAUUAUGCUCGGCAUGGCUUUAGUUCUCUCAAGAACGAUAUUCGGUCUAUGUGCCGUGAUGCAUUGAGAUAUAAAGGCCGAAGUGAUUUGGGAGAUAUGAAGCAAAUUGUUGUGUCCUUUAUCCAGUUAGCAAAGAGACUCGGUAACCCACGAUUGAUUUCUGAGAGAGAUGGAGCAGCAGCCCAGAAGGACAAUUCUGACACGAGUCAAUAUUCUUCAGACGCAAAAUUAAAAAAGAAACAAAAUAAAACUACGGGGGAAAGGAGGGGAGCAAACUGGGCUACUGCCUCUGCUGGUGCAGAUGCUUCAUCCCGUGCCUUUGACCGUGAAAUUAAAAGAAGCCUAUCUAAAUUAAAGAAAAUGGAUGUUGAUUCUGGGAGUGAGACAUCUGAUGAUGAUGAUGGAUACUCUGAAGGUGAUGAAACUGAGAGUGAAACUACUGUUUCUGAUACAGAGAGUGACCUUGACUCAAAUUCUGCAGCAUGGGACUUAAGGGGAAAUGGUAUGAAGUUGUUUGAAUCUGGUGACUCUGUCGGGGAUGAUCGUGGAUGGGGUGCUCGCAUGACAAAAGCAAGCCUUGUCCCUCCUGUUACUAGGAAGUACGAAGUGAUUGAGAAGUACCUUAUUGUAGCAGAUGAGGAGGAAGUACAACGAAAAAUGCGGGUUGCUUUACCUGAUGACUACUCUGAGAAGCUGCUCUCGCAGAAGAAUGGUACUGAAAAUUUGGAGAUUCCAGAGGUUAAGGAUUAUCAACGUAGAAAGGUACCUGGGGAUGAAGUUCUUGAGCAAGAAGUAUACGGCAUAGAUCCAUACACACAUAAUCUCCUGCGUGACAUUAUGCCAGCCGACGUUGGCUUGUCAUCUGCUGACAAACAUACCUUUAUUGAGGAGGGUCUUGGAGUUGUUUGCAACAAAAAGGGUGGAUUUGGCAUGGAUGACUUUGUUAUUGAGUUCUUCGGGGAGGUUUACCCUUCUUGGAGAUGGUAUGAAAAGCAAGAUGGUAUUAAACAUAUACAAAACAACAGUGAAGAUCAAGCUCCUGAGUUUUAUAACAUUAUGUUAGAAAGACCAAAGGGGGACCGUGAUGGAUAUGACUUGGUUUUUGUUGAUGCUAUGCACAAGGCUAACUAUGCAAGCAGAAUCUGUCAUUCAUGUAACCCCAACUGUGAAGCAAAAGUGACUGCUGUGGAUGGUCAAUACCAGAUUGGAGUCUACACUGUUAGGCCGAUUGCAGAAGGCGAGGAAAUCACUUUUGAUUACAACUCUGUGACUGAGAGUAAGGAAGAGCAUGAAGCAUCGGUUUGCCUCUGUGGAAGUCAAGUAUGCCGGGGCAGCUAUUUAAAUUUUUCUGGAGAGGGAGCUUUCGAGAAGGCUUGCGAAGCAAACACUGUCUCCCAACAAGACUUGAUUGACUUGGGUAGAGCUGGUCUUGGUACCUGUUUGCUUGCUGGUUUGCCUGGGUGGCUUGUUGCUUACACGGCCCAGCUGGUGCGGUUUAUAUUCUUCGAGAGGCAGAAACUUCCUAAUGAGAUCUUUAAGCACAACAUGGAAGAGAAACGCCAGUUUUUUACAGAUAUAAAUAUGGAUUCCGAGAGGAAUGAUGCUGAGGUUCAGGCUGAGGGUGUAUUAAAUUCUAGAUUACAGCAUUUAACUCAUACACUUGAUAAGGUAAGGUAUGUUAUGAGAUGUAUAUUCGGGGACCCCAAGAAUGCCCCCCCUCCUCUGGUGAGGCUUACCGGGAGAAGUCUAGUGUCUGCCAUCUGGAAAGGGGAAGGCUCAUUAGUUGAUGAGCUCCUUCAGUCAAUUGAACAUCAUGUUGACGAAGAUGUACUUACUGAUCUCAAGGACAAAAUUCGGCUUCAUGAUCCAUCUGAUUCUGAAGACAUCGAGGGAGACAUCCGAAAUUCUCUGUUAUGGUUGCGUGAUGAGUUGCGAACUCUUUCAUGCACAUACAAGUGCCGUCAUGACGCUGCUGCUGAUUUGAUUCACAUGUAUGCUUACACAAAGUGUUUCUUCAGAGCCCGAGACUACAAGACCGUAAAGUCUCCACCAGUUCAUAUCAGUCCUCUUGAUUUAGGUCCCAAAUAUGCUGAUAAACUGGGACCAGGUUUCCAGGAGUACAGCAAGACGUACCCAGAGAACUAUUGCUUAGCACAGCUUAUCUAUUGGUACAGCCAGAAUGCAGAACCCGAAUCUAGACUGACAAGAGCUAGAAAGGGUUGUAUGUCAUUACCAGAUGUGUCCUCUUUCUAUGUAAAGUCUGUAAAGCCAACUCAAGAGCGAGUUUAUGGCACCAGAACUGUGAGAUUCAUGCUAUCACGGAUGGAGAAACAGGCCCAACGUCCAUGGCCGAAGGACCGGAUAUGGGUGUUCAAGAGCGACCCAAGAUUCUUUGGCACUCCAAUGAUGGAUGCUGUGCUGAAUAACAAUUCUCCUCUUGAUAAGGAGAUGCGGCGGCAGAUGGAUGGGGAUAGCAGUUGCGGCGGCGGCGACGAACGAGGGAGCACACCGCAGCCACAGAAGCAUGCUUCGGCGGGGAUCGACCCCGAUAGAGCAGUUGGGAUGGAAUGUAGAAUGGAAACCACACUUCUAGCUAGAGCUGUCACAAAAGCAACCAAUACAAGAUUCUCUUUUCCUUUUGUUGCUGACAAUCAAUGGACUUUUAAUCAGUUUAGAUCUGCCAUAUGUGCUCAAUAUCCAUGGGGUCUAUAUGAUGCAGUGGAAUUCAGGUACUGGGACAUUGACAAAACAGCUUGGGUCCCUGCCCAGUGUGAUGAUGAGCUUGGUAUCAUGUUUGCAAUACAUGAUUCUUUCCCUGCUAAACUAGAAAUCAGUGUCAUACAAAGGAAGAGAGGAGAGCCAGAGAGCAGAGGAACAAGAUCUCAGUCUAGGUCUAGAGAUAAAGGUAGGACCAGCCAAUCAAGGGGCACGAAAAGAAAUGCUCAUAAUAGAGGCAACAACAGUUCAAUGCAGGCACCAGGAACACCUGAUGUAGAAGUUCCUAAUAAUGCAGGUCCCUCUCAUAGUAGAGAUUCAGUUGACCCCUAUACUGAAGAGGGACUACCAGAUGAUUGGCCAAGUGAUGAUGAGGAUGAAAAGUUGUUUCCACAGUUUGUAACAAGGAAGAAGGGCAAGGAGAAAGAUGAUGAGGGGGAAGAUUAUGUUCAACCCCCUGAAGGCAUGUUUGAUGUUCUCAUUUCCUUUUUUGCUGCAUUUAAUGUUCUCGUUUCAAUUGUAGCCCAAGGAAGAACUACAAAAAGGCAGCUGAUAGAGGGAUGUCACUAG